AUGGGAAAUCUUAUCUUGGAGUUAGUUUCGCACUUAUAUGCUUUCAGAGCAGAUCUCCGCAAAUUUCCUACGCCCACAACAGAUAGGGACCAAACUGUCUCACGACGUUCUGAACCCAACUCACGUACCGCUUUAAUGGGCGAACAGCCCAACCCUUGGAAGCUUCUUCACCUCCAGGAUGCGAUGAGUCGACAUCGAGGUGCCAAACACUUUCGUCGAUAUGGACUCUUGGAAAGUAUUAGCCUGUUAUCCCCGGG